UAUCCACUAAAAUUCCUCUUUUUGCCUACUCCCUUCCUCACCAAUCCUCAUGCUCUACCAAAGAUGUAGCAACAAAACACACAUUUUAUGUUAACACACAAAUUGAAGCAUAAGGUUGAAACCCGCUAUUACUAGUUAUGCAAUUUUCAGUUCCAGGUAGGUACACUUCUCCAUCUGUUUCUCGAUCGUCCUGUGCCUUCAUCGCGCUCCACUAUUCUCACUCCAAUCAACUUGUGAUUACUCUCUCGAGCAUUUCUUUGUCAUCUGGUAGUGAGGUUAGAUAGGAAGAAUAAGAAGAAGGAGUGAGAUUUUGACCCUUUUAGGAUCAGAAAGUUGAAGUGCAGAUCUGAAGACAAAAAUUGGAACUUUUGGGCCUUCAAAUUCAAAUGCUUUAAAGGGUCUCCCAGAAUUUAUUGCGACAAAGUGCUUAACAUAAAAAGAGGAUGUGUGGCUACAAGAACUCCAGCGUUGUUUCGAUGGAUCACGUGCUUGUGGCUUUAGGGGAAACGAAAGAAGAGAGGGAUGUUCGUAUUCGAAGCCUGUUCAAUUUCUUCGAUGCUGCUAAUAAUGGGUACUUGGACUAUGCUCAGAUUGAGGCAGGUUUGUCUGCACUGCAAAUUCCACCUGAGUACAAGUACGCUAGAGAGCUCUUCAAGGUGUGUGAUGCCAACAGUGAUGGCAGGGUGGAUUACCAUGAAUUCCGCAGAUACAUGGAUGAUAAGGAAUUGGAGCUUUAUCGCAUCUUUCAAGCCAUUGAUGUUGAACACAAUGGCAGCAUUCUCCCUGAAGAACUCUGGGAUGCACUUGUCAAGGCUGGGAUUGAAAUGGAUGAUGAGGAGCUUGCUCACUUUGUGGAGCAUGUUGAUAAGGAUAAUAAUGGAAUUAUCACUUUUGAAGAAUGGAGAGAUUUUCUUCUACUUUAUCCUCAUGAAGCAACUAUUGAAAAUAUAUAUCACCAUUGGGAGAGGGUGUGCCUUGUAGACAUAGGAGAGCAAGCCGUGAUUCCUGAAGGCAUCAGCAAGCAUGUGAACCCUAUCAAAUAUUUUAUAGCUGGGGGAAUAGCAGGAGCUACUUCUCGUACAGUAACUGCUCCUCUCGAUCGUCUCAAGGUGGUCUUACAAGUUCAGACGACAAAUGCUUCUAUUAUGCCAGCAGUAAUGAAGAUAUGGAAGCAAGAUGGUUUAUCAGGGUUUUUCCGAGGUAAUGGAUUGAAUGUUGUGAAGGUAGCUCCCGAAAGUGCCAUAAAAUUUUAUGCUUUUGAAAUGCUGAAAAAUGUAAUUGGAGAUGCUCAAGGCAACAAGUCAGAUAUUGGUACUAUUGGGAGACUUGUUGCUGGUGGUACAGCUGGUGCAAUUGCACAGGCUACUAUCUAUCCACUGGAUCUUAUCAAAACUAGGUUACAGACUUGUGCCUCUGAAGGUGGAAGGGUUCCUAAGCUGGGAACACUUACAAAGAAUAUAUGGGUUCAAGAGGGUCCUCGAGCUUUCUACAGAGGGCUUGUUCCAUCUCUGCUUGGUAUGAUUCCUUAUGCAGGCAUUGAUCUCGCUGCUUAUGAUACCUUGAAAGAUAUAUCCAAGAGAUAUAUUCUUCAUGAUAGUGAACCUGGUCCUCUUGUACAACUAGGAUGUGGGACAAUUUCUGGAGCUCUUGGAGCUACUUGUGUCUAUCCACUGCAAGUUAUUCGUACAAGAUUGCAGGCACAACCUGCCAACUCUACCAGUGCUUACAAGGGGAUGAAUGAUGCAUUUUGGAAAACUUUUCAACAUGAAGGGUUUAGAGGUUUCUACAAGGGACUACUUCCAAAUCUCCUCAAAGUUGUGCCAGCUGCAAGCAUUACUUAUAUGGUCUAUGAAAGUAUGAAGAAGAAUCUAGAUCUAAAUUAGAGUUGAUAUAUAUAUAUAUAUAUAUAUGUGUAUAUAUAUAUCGGCUUAGCCCUGUCCACAAGGUACUUGCAAAUAGGUUUUGAAAUCAACAUUAUGAAGUAAAGUUCGUUCACGUGGAGCUUAGUAGAUCAUACCUCGUGGUUGAGUUAUUAUUGUUGAGGCAAUUGAGCUAAUGCAAAUAUUUUUGUAUGUCUUGAAUUGUUAACGGUGACGAUAAAAUAUAUUACUAGUACAGUAACCAUUGCUUCUGAGGAUAUUUUGG